AUUCCUCAAAUAGCUCCAAUUAGUUGAUUAACUUUAUUUUUUAUUUUUUCAAUUACAUUAGUAAUUUUUAAUAUAAAAAAUUACUUUUGUUUUUUUUAUAAUUCAAAUGAAUCUUGCCAAAAUUUAAAUAUUAAACAAUAUAAAUUAAAUUGAAAAUGAUAA